GCAAAUCCUGCUUGUUUUCCAGAGGGGGGGAAAAAAUUAUCUAUUGUCUGUUUCUUUAUCUCGUCUUCAUAGAGGAUUUGCAGACAAAGACGCUGUGUUCAUCUCAUAGAGGUGUCUCAUUCCACCGCAUCCCACGACGACGUCAGCAUCCGCCAGGCUGUGGGUAUCUUCCAGGGGUCUGCACCGCCCACCGGCUCCCAAGACGGCCGGCAAUGUAGAGGAAAUGAAGCACACCCCUCGUCGCUCCUGCUGCUCUCCUCUCUCCUCCCUGCACCAGGGCUGGUCGAGAGGACCGCCCCCUGCUGGAGGAAGUGGAGAACAGCCCGUGAAAUGUGCUGUGUGUGUGUGUGUGUGUGUGUGUGUGUGUGUGUGUGUGUGUGUGUGUGUGUGUGUGUGUGUGUGUGUGUGUGUGUGUGUGUGUGUGUGUGUGUGUGUGUGUGAAUUUGUGGCAUGAAGAGAUGGGAACGUUAGAAAGGAAUGAAGGAAUCAAACUGGUAGAGUGUUUGGUGUCAAGUAAGGGUCAAUACUAAGCUUGUGAAAUUAUAUUUACAAAUGAUGUCAAAGCUGGCGUAUCAUCUGGUGAUUGUUUGCAACUGAUAUAUAUAUAUUUUUGCGUGUGUUUGUGGCUGUGUACUGAAAAAGAACUUAAAGUCAAAAAGAACUCAACUUAAAAAGAAUUACUUCAAUUGGUAAAACACAAAUGAAUGGAGUGUGUUCAACUUAAAGUUAUUAAUUGUCUUGGCCUGUUAAGUUUAAGUUGAACAAACUUUAAAAAAAAUAAUAAUUGUGUUUUACCAAAUUGAUUUUUUUUUCACAAAAUAAUAAAUAUUGAGUGGUUGGUAAAGUUUUACUAUGAAGCCAUGUUUCAUGUAAGAUUGUUUGCUGUAAAACUUCUGCUUCACUGUUGUGGAUGCUAUUUCGUUCUAAGGUUGCGACUCAGUAAACCCACCUUGUGGUGGUGAUUCCAUAAUUUAAAAAUAGAAAGAAGGACAUUUUGCAGGUGCAGUUCACAAGUUGAGCGGUCAGAGUUCAACAGACGAUCACAUGGCUUUAAACUUUUGUUUCCUGUCGAGCUCUUUCUUUCUGUGCUUCUGUUCAUUGGGUUGACAGACGUUUACCAAUGAGAGGCAACAUGAGGCUGCGGGUCGUCGUCGUCGUCCUGCUGCUGCUGCCGCUCGCCCUGCUCGCCGAGACUUUUGCUGCAGAUGAGUCCUGUAUGGGACGCUGUGAGAAUGUCUUUGACUCUCGGAGGAAGUGCCAGUGUGACUCGAUGUGCAAGUAUUACAAGAGCUGCUGCUCUGACUUUGAGGUCACCUGCGGGAUGAUGACUCGCGGAGACACGUUUUCCUUGGCAGAGGACGAUGAUGAGCACCUUGAAGGCACCACUGCUUCCCCGGGACAUCCAGCACAGUCUUCUACCGCGGUCGUCCGUCAGCUGAGGCCCACACAGCAGCCCAUCUCAGACUUCAGACCGCCGCAGCUUCCAGACACCACACUGGAGAUGAGCAAACCGCCGCGACUGAUCGACACCAUAUUUCAGAGAGUCCCUGUCAGACAGCUGACUCCCAUUUCACAAACAGUCCGCCCUACACAGAGGGUCCCCGUCACAACUGAAACACCGGAGAGCGGUACAGCAGCUGAGACGACCACCGUCCCCGUCACAACACGCACCACUGACGCCCCCGACCCAGACGCGGAGGUCUGCAGUGGGAGGCCUUUUGACUCUUUCAUGCAGCAAAAAAAUGGCUCUAUCUAUGCCUUCAGAGGGAAGUACUUUUUUGAACUGAACGAGAAGUCGGUCGUGCCUGGAUAUCCAAAGCUCAUCAGGGACGUGUGGGGCAUCGACGGGCCAAUUGAUGCUGCCUUCACCCGCCUCAACUGUCAGGGCAAGACCUACAUCUUCAAGGGAAACAAGUUCUGGAGGUUUGACGAUGGCGUCCUGGAUGACGACUACCCUCGAGACAUCAGCGUGGGCUUUGAUAAAAUUCCCGAUCACUUGGAUGCUGCGUUUGCCCUCCCUGCCUCUGGUCACCAUGGGAAAGAGAGAGUCUAUUUUUUCAAAGGGGAUCAGUAUUACAUGUAUGAGUUUUUUCACCAGCCGUCUCAUAAGGAGUGUAUCAGCAUGUCGGACAGGUCUCCGGCCACACUGUUCAGACGCUACACUGACGUGUACUACAACAUGUAUGAGAGUUUCUUCAGCGAGCUCUUCUCCGACUUGCCUCAACAUCAUGACAAUCACCACUUCAUUGACAAAGACUGGAAGGGCCUCAAGUCUCCGGUGGAUGCUGCCUUCAUGGGCCGGAUCUAUGUGACUUCCUCGAGGUCGCCACCACGCCGCUUCAACUACGAGCCUGAUCAGCAGUGGGGUCAGCAGCAAGGCCAACAGUGGUACCAGCGGUAUGGACAGCAGUCCGGACAGCAGUGGGGUCGCAGGAGGCAAAGCCGCUCACCCGACUGGGGCUCCGUGGCUGAGCAGGGGAUGAACAUGGGCCAGGACAUGGCUGCAAGGGGGAUGGAAAUGGGUCUGAGGUUGGCAGAGAGGAGGAUGGAAAUGGAGGAGAGACUCGGACGGGACUGGGACAGACGUUGGGAUCAGGACUGGGACCAGGGCAGAGGGAGCGAUCGAUACCGCCAGAACAACAGAGGCAACUACGACUCCAGAUAUGACAGGUCGUACUGGGAGCGACAGAGGAGCCUGCCCAUUCAGAGCGUCUACUUCUUCAAAGGAGAUAAAUACUACAGAGUGGACCUCCGGACCAAGAGAGUUGACCCCGCCAUGCCUUCAUAUCCCCGAUCCAUUGCCAAGUAUUGGCUCGGCUGCUCAGACCCCAAGGGAGCAGAGAAGUAGUGGUUUCAAAUCUCCAGCUGUAUAUUGAUACAUUUGUGUUUGACAUUGAUUCGAUUUCUCUCAAAAAUGCUGUUUUGGCUACAAAAAUGUGCGUCAAACUUCUCAAAAGUAACUAGCUGCUCAUUAACUUUGUGAAAUAUCGAUCAGUGAAAGUCCACACGCUGCUUGUUGUGGCCAAAGUUCAGCGGGUAGAUUUUCUGAACUCUGCAGUUGUGUAACCUGUUCUCGACAUCAGCUGACCGACUUUAUCAAACACAACUGCAGUUUGUCUUGAUUAAAAAAAAACAUUGUUUAUUUGCAACUGUUUUAUACAUUCACUGCUUUUCAUCUUAAGUGUGUCAUAAUAAUUGAGGUGUGUGUUACAUUGGAUCCAUUCAAAGACCCACGCAGAGGUUUUCUCUCAAUCUGGUAUCUACAGACAACUGUCAAAAUGUUUAUUUUAUCAUUAUUAAUUAUGAACGGUGAUUUGUAAAUAUAAAACACUCUUAAAAUGGCAUAAAAUUGGUGUAAGAAAGAGAAAAAGUCUUAAAUUGCAAGAAUUUGAAGAUGUGUCUGUUCCAUCAGACACAUCUGCAGUUGCUUUGAUCCUGUAGUAGGUUGUAGAUCUCAGUACUACUAUACUGCACUGACAGAGCAUCCCAGGUCAAUUUCACUGGCUUUUGACGGAUGUUUACAGGAUGUCCUGUGUACAGAGUCACGAUUGUUUCCAUAUUCACAGUCUUUUACUGUCUGUUCUUAAUUGUGCUUUGAUAAAACAUCAGUACAUCACUAAAUCAUAUUCUCGUGCAUUAAACAUUGUGUUAGAUUUAAAAAAUAAUAAAGCAUACGGUUCAUCAUCCUGUGAUCAGAUAGAUUCUUCACAGUCGUAGUGAUAUUUUUGUCCUUUGUUUCUUGUCCAACUGGAACAACCCAGUUAAUAGAGUAGCUGACUUUC